CCAAACCGGGCGGAGCUAACGGGCCCGGAGCUAUAAAGUCACUGAGUGUUUACCACGCUAGCGCACACACACACGGGAGAGAGAAUGAUUUGACGGGUGGGAAUCACAGCCAGCAGGUCGACAGAGUUUUGCUUACGAGCUGUCAAAAAUCGAUGGUUGCCCCCACCCCCACUCUCCCCCCACAAUAUCACCGCGCUGCGUAACGGAUUACCUGCAGGACAUUAUAACUGGUGGCACUUGAUCGCGGUGUUUGCACAACGGAUCUUUAAACAGCCGCUGUCGUUCGAACACAACGGAUGUCAGUGUGGUGGUCAGAGAUGGGAGAGGGUCUGGGGCCUCUCUCCCCUGUAGGAUGGUAGCCGACAGCACAGUGGAAGGCCAUGACAAGACCCAGUUGUCAAGCUCGUCGUCGUCACCGUCGGCGUCCUCAUCGUCAUCCCUGUCCUCCUCCUCCUCCUCCUCCUCGUCCCUGUCUUCGCCGCUGGCUAGGCGCGAACUCGCUCUCAGCUCUCAGCAGUUUCAGCGUCAGGCCGCUCUAGAUCUGAACCCGAGGUCGGCGUCCGUCCCUUCGGUGUAUCUGACCCACUUCCCCACGUUCUCCUGCAAGGAGGACUGCAAGGUCAUCACGGACACGGCGGCCAAGCUCGAGCGCAGCGCCUUCUACUGGGGUCCUCUGGGAGUGGAGGACGCCCAUCGCAUGCUGCGGGACGCGCCGCUGGGCAGCUUCCUCAUCCGCGACAGCCGGCAGAAAGACGUCUUCUUCACGCUGUCCUACCACGGCAAGAGCGGCCCGGUCAGCGUGCGCAUCGACUACAAGCGGCAGAAGUUCUCACUGGCGGGCAACGAGCGCUCCUUUCCGACGCUCUUCGCCCUCUUGGAGCAUUACAUCAAUUCUCCCAAGAAGAGCCUGAGCGUCCCGUACAGGAAAUGGAAGCCGACGCUGCAGGAGCUGUGCAGGAAGCGCAUCAUGGAGCUGUGUGGCGGAGUGAGCCGCGUGGCGGAGCUGCCGCUCACCCAUGUCGUCCAAGACUUCCUGUUGGAAUUCCCUUACAAACUAUGAGCAGCAUGCCGUAUAAACUUUUGAUAGUAUUAUUUUUCAUUUCAAGAAGGCAGUUUUUACCAAGUACCGGUACACCGGAGGAGUGUUUGGUAAAACCUGCCCAUCACGUGCUGGAGGUCAAGCCUGCGUCUC